AUGUCUGGCCUUUUGACUCAAGUCGUUCGACGUCAAGCUCUAAUGAUGAUGCCACGUCGUAACGGAAGCGCACUCUUAAUGGCUGGUCCACCACUUAAUAAAGUGACAAAUUCAGAGAAAUUAAUCGCAUUAGGUUUAUUUCUGUCUGUACCAAUGAUUUAUCCAAUCUACAUCAUGUCCAAUUUACAAAAAUACAACGGUUCAAAUCGUACAUCGUCAAAACCGAAAAAAGCCAAAGCGGACAAAAACCAAUCGGGCAAAAAAGCUGAUCAUUAA